CCGACGCUCUAGCCACGACGUUGUGAGAACCCGCGAGAGCAGUGCGCGUCCAUACGUCGCGACAGUCGUUUCUACGUUUCUCUGUCUAUUUCUCUAUCCUUUUCUCUUUCUUUCUUUGUCUUCUUCUUUGCAUAUCUGCAGCUUCCUUUUAUGGAGCGAAUCGUUUCACGCGAAUUGUCGUGACAUCUUCAAUCUGAACGUCCUCAUUCCUCGAAAAAAAGAAUUUUAUUCAUCAGAGUGACAUCGGAAAAAAUAUCACAUCUUAGUCCACGUGGAGAUAGCGUCUUUGAGCAACAGAUUCUAAGUUCGGACAAUUUCAAGAAUCCUUUUUCAAUUCUAGAAUUCGUUCGUCCGGGUUCGCAGAAUGCCAUUCUUCAACUUGAAUUGGAUGAUAAGAUAUUCUCCUCAAAGCAGUACACUGAUAUUCUCGGAGAAAGAAGAAGAGAAUUGUUGCUGAAAGGCCAAGAUAAGUACGAUAAGUCCCCUUCGAUGUACCGUACGAUGAAACAUCAUCAUAAGGAGCAGAGACAGACGAAGAAGGAGAAAAUGUCAAGUUCGCCGUUUAUUUUGUCGUCAUUUUCGUCGCAGAUAUCAUCGAGUUUCUACUUGUAUGUUUCGAAGAGACGAAGAAUCGACGUUUAAAUCGUUAUCCUUCUCGUCGUCGACUUCUCAACAAUCGACUACACGUAUUCUGCAUUUUUGAAAAUAUUCUUACGAUUUAUAGACCUUGAAAAAGGUCUGAGAAAAUUUUCACGAUGAACGACACUUUGAAUACGACUAGUAGCAUCAUUGAUUACACACAAACAAACAGUACCAAUGAGCCGACGAUACAAAAUUGUCAGGCUGAUCUGCCGAUCGUUUCUCUGGUUACACAGAUUCUUUACUCGAUCGUUUGCAUUGUUGGUUUACUUGGAAAUACUUUGGUGAUAUACGUUGUCCUACGUUUUUCAAAGAUGCAGACAGUGACGAACAUGUAUAUCGUUAACCUUGCUAUAGCUGAUGAAUGUUUCUUGAUAGGUAUACCUUUUCUCGUAACAACAAUGAGUACGAGAAGUUGGAUCUUUGGGAAAGUAAUGUGUAAGAUCUAUAUGACGACAACGAGUAUAAAUCAAUUCACUAGUAGUAUCUUCCUCUUCAUUAUGAGUGCCGAUCGUUACAUAGCCGUUUGUCAUCCUAUAUCUUCUCCGAAAAUGCGAACACCCUGUAUAUCCAGGGUAGUCUCUUGUACCGCUUGGGCUAAAAGUGCAAUCUUUAUGAUACCAGUAUUUCUUUACGCAAACGUAAUGGAGUCACCUAAGGGUAACAGCUGCAACAUUUAUUGGCCGGACGAUCGCGGUGGUCAAACAGCUUUCACUCUUUAUACUUUCAUUCUUGGUUUUGCCGUUCCGUUGAUCCUUAUAUUGAUCUUUUAUUUCUUGGUAAUUAGAAAACUUCAAACGGUAGGACCAAAAAAUAAAUCAAAGGAGAAAAAACGUUCUCAUCGUAAAGUAACCAAAUUAGUGUUAACUGUCAUCACUGUUUAUGUUUUUUGUUGGCUACCUUAUUGGCUAAUGCAAGUAGCUUUGAUUUAUACACCCCCGAAACAAUGUCAGUCAAGCAUCAGUAUCGCUAGUUUUUUGUUGGCUGGAUUUCUUAGCUACAGCAACAGUGCUAUGAAUCCGAUACUCUACGCUUUUCUUAGUGAUAAUUUUAAGAAAAGCUUUUUGAAGGCUUGCACUUGCGCAGCAGGUAAGGACGUGAAUGCGACACUGCACAUUGAAAACAGUGUAUUUCCACGAAAGAACAAAACAAACGCUGAGAAGAUCCAAUCCAAUCGUCAUGUAAUUUCGGGACAAUCGAAACUUGAGUUGGAAGACGAGGACGCUGAGAGAGGUUUGUUGGUCAGUAAAACUUCGACUACAACCGUGACGAUGACAUCACGAUCGAAUAUCACGGUAACCAGUGAAAAUAAUCGAGAUCACUCUAAUAAAGACAAGGAAGGCUUAAAGAAUGGAGCACAGCUCACUCUGCUCACACAAGUUUAAAUUAUCUUAUUCAAUGAUGUUAAAUAUAAUCUAAAGGAAAUCAUGAUAAAUCGAGUAUUUGUGUCUUUGAUGAUAAAAUUAUUGAUUCUCUAACAAACGAGAGUUUUUGGAUUGAAUCCAAAAUUCCAUGAAAGUUAUUAUCUUUAGAGAUUAGUGACCGAUACUUCGACCUCAAUAACUUUCAAUUCCUCCGAAUACGGUCGUUCGUACCAAAUAAUGAAGUUUCUAAAGGGAAUGUCGAAAAGAGGAAGAAAGAUGGAGACUUUUGCUGACGUAGAAAUGACAUUACAGGACCGGAACAAUCGCACUGCAGGAGUUGUAGUCGUCCCCCUCGACGAUA